AUGGAUAGCAACAAUCCACCUAAUGAUCCCUCAUUGGAUCCAUUCUACAAUAAACACGUGGUAAAUCGAAUCCUCGAUGUCGUCCGCUCUCAUCCCGUUUAUGAUCAACGCGUAAUAGAUCAAAUCCUUGAUAUCGCGUCGGAUUGCGAGCCAUCACCCCCAGCACCGCAACCGCGUUUCUACUAUUCACGUGAAGAUGGCCAAGAGCAUCUGAAACAAUUCGCUGCCCAUCAUGGGUAUUCUUUAAAUGUCCGGCGCUCAGACAAUCACAAGGUUGAUAUGGUCUGCUCUCGUUGGCCUGAUCCCAAGUCAAAAGCAACGGAUAAUGAUGGCACGCCUUCACGAGAGCGGAAAUCUAAGGGAUGCAACUGCCAGUUUCGAAUUCAGCUUAGAAAGCGUACUAGAGGGCUACAGAGAGAAAAUCAACCACAGCCGAUUUGGCAGCUCCGAAUUCAACAUGGAACUCAUAACCAUGGGCCAAAACGACGACGUCCUAACAAUCCCGCGCACCCUCCAAUCUCUACAGGAAUGAUUGGGCACGAUCUAUCCGAGACGGACUUCUCGUUAUUGCUCGACCAAUCCUUUGGUCUCGCAGAAGAUCCCGUGAUUGCACCCCCAGAGCCGCCUAUCUUUGAACCACCCCCCGAGACCCCAGAAGAAAAAGAGCCCUCACCCCCGGCGCUACCGCCAGUGCCACCCCCAGCGCCGCCAGCACGCUUCUACGAUUCGCGUGAGCUUGGUCAAGAGGACAUCAACGCAUUUGCUGCCAGCCAUGGGUAUACCCUAACUGUCAGACGGUCAGAUCCAACCAAGGUUGACCUAGUCUGCUCUCGCUGGCCUAAUCCUGCGAGGGAACGAAAAACGAACGGCACUAACUGCCCAUUCCGACUUCAGUUCAGAAAGCGUGCUGGAGCACCGCAGAAACCUGGAUAUAUCAUCCUCUCAGAUGAUCCCCCUCCACAGGCGGGAUGGGAGCUGCGAAUCCAAAAUGGAGAGCACAAUCAUUGGCCACAGGCUCCCGCAAAGAAGAAACGAAAGAAGAGUGAGAUAUCGGGCUCAUCCAAGCCUCAGGAAUCACCUUCUACGAACGUGGAAUGUUCACAACCACAGCCUUGA